AUUCUCAGCCUGGCCUUUGAGAUGAUGGGACUGGGAAACGGGCGUCGGACCAUGAAGUCGCCGCCCCUUGUGCUGGCUGCCCUGGUGGCCUGCAUCAUUGUCUUGGGCUUCAACUACUGGAUUGCGAGCUCCCGGAGCGUGGAUCUCCAGCAGCAGUGGUUUCUACAGUCCUGUAAGUCAAUGGUAGAGCCCCUUGCAAACCUGAAGGCUGAGUGUGGGCACUCCCUUCCUCGUGGUCACCUUCUUACCUGGGCAGCCCUGUGUCAACCAGGAGCCCAGGUCUCCUCUGGACAGCUGUGCAGCCAUGCACAGGGUCCCAGCGAGGGGCUCCGGAGACUGGACCCGUUGAGCGGCGCGAGUCGCCAGGCGUGCCCUGUCGCCACCUUUCGCCCUGACCGCCUUCCCUCUGGUCCCUUCUCGGCCCGGGGCUCGCGCCCAGGGACUCCGCGCCGGUCCCUGGAGACACCGCCCAGCUUGCGCCCCGGCUGCAGCCUUCUUCCAGAGUCCGCUCGGGGCCGGCCCCUCACCUCCUCGCGCCGGAGCCCUUGGACCCGGCCGCCUGGACCUGCGGGGGCUCAGGUCCCCGGCGCCGAGGGGUCGUGCGAGGAUUCUCUGCCCCAGCGGAGGCCGGUCUGGGGCGAUGCGGAGCCAUUCUUUUUGUUCUUCGCUUGGUCACGCGCGUCAGCAUCCAAAGUCAGAAGCGUGCGUCCCCAAAGUCGCACUAGCGCCAGUCCUGCGGGCGUGGUGGGCGCGAGGGCCGGGACGGGAGGGUGGCCGCGCCGCUCCCCUCACCUCUGUUUCCUCCCUCCACCCCCGAGGCGCGCUCGGGCCGUCGCGGGCGCCCACGUUGGCAGCGGUCGCGUCCUGGCAGGUGACCUGGAGCUGGCCGCGCGGGCUGCUUGGACCGCGCCGCCGGACCCCAUGUGGAGCCCGUCGGGGAUGUUCCAGGUCCUCCCCGGGUGCUCAGCCUGGGCACCCAGCCCCUGUGCUUCAAGGAAGCCAAGCAGCCAUGUGGAAAAGCCACACACAGGUGUUGCAGCACCUAGCAUGUGCCUGGGCUCUGGGCUCUGCGUCUUCAGCAGCUUCCGUUCUGUUUUGGAGGAAGAUGAGAUUCCUUCAGAUGGCCAGAGAAUGAUUAUUAACAGCAAUAGGAGUUCCAUGAAGAGAUCAGGGUCAGCAGGGACCAGUGUGGCCAUGCCGGUGACCUGUGUGAUUUCCUGUCCUCCUUUUGGCUUAGACCAGUUAAAGGCCCUGCAGAAGAAUUAUGGCAAGCUACAGCAGGAUGUCCUCCAGUUUCAAAAGAACCAGACCAAUCUGGAGAAGAAGUUCUCCUACGACCUGAGCCAGUGCAUCAAUCAGAUGAAAGAGGUGAAGGAGCAGUGUGAGGAGCGGAUAGAAGAAGUCACCAAAAAGGGAAACGAAGCUGUAGCUUCCAGAGACAUGAGUGAAAAAAAAGACCAAGGCCAGCAGCUCCCAGCUCCCAAUGAGUCUCAGCCGAGAUUGCAGGAAGCAGGCCUGGCCCAGGCAGAGGCGCCAAAAGCAAAAGAAAAUAUGCCCAGUAAUGGCGAGCCCCAGACACCAGCCCCCACUUCUGAGGUGUCUGUGGAUUUGAAGAGACAGGGUGAGAAAGAGGAAACCAAUGACAUUCAGGUCAUCAGUGAGGAGCUUCGGAGGGACAGCCUGGGGCUGCCACCAGAACCAGACCUAAAGCAGGCUGUGGAAGAAGACAGACAAGCGGGCGGAAGAGGCGUGGGAGAUGCUGGAGACCUUGGCCAAACCCCACAGGUGCCAGCCGCCCUGUUGAUGAGCCAGGAAAAUGAGGUGGCGGAGGACCCUGAGCGGGACCAGCUCGUCAUCCGGGAUGGGCAGGAGGAGGAGCAGGACGCAGACGAGGAAGGGAGACACCAGCAAAAACCGGAAGAAGAUGAUGACUACAACAUGGAUGAAAAUGAGGCAGAAUCUGAAAGAGACAAGCAGGCAGCCCUUGCAGGGAAUGACAGAAAUGAAAAUGUUCUUAAUGCUGAAAAUCAGAAAAGAGACGAUAAAUUUACUUGAUGAACGUGAAAAGAGGAAUCACACACUCUGAAUUAAACUGGAAUCACAUACUUCGUGUCAGGACUGAACAGAGCUCACUACAAAACAGAGAUCACGAAAGAUUGAAUACUGUGAAAUGUACUAAGUAGAAUUUUCAUCUAAAGAUGAUCAUUGGGGAAUUUUAGUAUGUACUUUAUGUAGGAAAAUGAGAUUGUCUUUUCGACAUUUUUUGGGGGGGUACUUUUGAAGUGUCUAUAUUAAAGAUGUUAAAAUGGGUUGUCUAAUAGGUAUUUCAUGAGAUGAUCAACACCAAAAAUAGAACACAAGUUCUCCUUCAAGUAUAGUGACGGUGGCACUUCUUAGUCUGGAGUCUAACUUUAAAAGUCCGUCUUCUAACACAGAGGAGCAAUCCACUGUACUUAGAGAACUCCUUUUUCCCGGGUUCCUCCUGGAAUCAUUCUCUUUUCCACAUGGUGUGGCGAGUGACGGUAGCAACCUGGUCAGCAUGAACGAUUAUGUUUAUUCUUUCGUACGCUCAUCUCUCGUUCUGACACUCCAGCAACAGUUUUAAACGAGUCUAAAUACAAAGGUGUUUUGUGGGAGAAUUUUUAAAAAGACUACUUGUAUAAUAAUCCUUGUCAUUAAUGUUACGUGACUUGAAACUUCCAACACUUGUGAUCUAUACUUUCUUUGCUAAUAUGUGUGGGCAGAGCAAAGUCUUCAGUAAUAAGUCCAUAUUACCAAGGAAAACCACGAGUGGAUUAGACUUGACACAACGGGGGCCAGAGGAGGUGACCCCGGGUGCUCACAGCAGAGCACCAUGGGGCUAGUUGUAGACAAACUGCCUGUUUCAUUAGAGGAAAAGAGAAGAUAUAUCCAGUGUUACAAACAGGGAAGUUUAGAAAGGCAAGAGAAAUGUCAAGUGUUUUUAUCCUAGUUUACAUAUUUAGCUUAUGAUAAACAACUCAAAACUGAUUUAAAAAUAAAAAGUUAAUGUUAAUUUGAAAACGACGGAUCAUAAUUUACAUCAAUAAUAGUGACAUUAGGUUUGAUUUGAGUUGGUUCUUAAUAUUUCAAGUAAAUAGGUCCUUGCCACUUGUGAAUGACUGGCAGUCCCACUAGUGACUUUCAGUGAGGCUCUCUAAAGUGUAAGUGGGUGGUGAUGCUUCCUAAAAUAUAUUUAGAGUUACAGGGUUUGCGAUGCAGGCUUCUCGGGUCAUUUGGUAGAACCCCCUUGUUUUCAGAGGAAACGGGGGCCCAGAGAAGUUGUGGAGCUGAAGCCUGGCCGCACACCCAGUGUGGACCUGCUGUGCCCUGGCACCAGUGCAGACAGGACCUGGUUUGCAAUCAGGUUCAGAUCUCCUACUUGAAUGUUCACGUAUGAUAUCCUCUUACCUAAUCACUGAGAUUAAACUUCCACCCAGAAAAGGCACCUGAAGACAAGUAUGAGUAGCUUUAUAAGAUUUAAUCUAAGUCCUUGCCCAACCUCCCUUUUAGUCUUAGGGUUGAUAUUCUUUGCUUUCUCAAAUAAUUAAAGCCUCUGGUUCAUCUCAUGUUUGUUUAAUCAGUGUGCAUAGAGUUGCUGAGAAUGAAAUACUCUGCUUAGCUUUUAAAACUGCUUUCAGUUUUUCCUUCAUCCCCUAUUUGAUCCCUAAAGAACCAUCUUUUAAACUGCGGAGUGAGAAUGGGAUAGCAAUAUAAAUAAAAAGCAACCAUGAUGAUUUCAUCUUCAUUUACAGAGGCAUCAAAAGGCCAGUCGUUCAGCAGGUAUGUACUUUGAGCUAUUUUCCAGGCAGUCAUGCUAUUACCACUGGCUUCCUUUGAGAUCACAGGUACCCAUUCCGAGGCAACAAUUUAGAGGUAACAUGGCUGUUUAAACAAACAAAACAAAAUCCUGUGUAAUAAGUAUCAAGUAGGUACCAAACUGACCUUGGUUGUUUUUGGUGCCAUCCAAAGUUACAUCAGCAGUUAUCCCAAUUUUUCAUGGGUAUAAUGCUAUUUAAUUCACUUCCUCUUUGCUCUCAAAUGGCGUAUAGACAAGAGUGAUGAGUCAUUCGAUCUUUUCUCCUGCAGAUAAGACUGCAGAUGAAGGUUCCCUCAGCAACCUUGGACUACAGUAUCCUAGUAAUCUAAUCACAGCACAUACUUAAUGUAUGUGCUUUUGUGUGAUGAAACUUGAGAAAUAAAGCAUUACCUGUUAAGUCAGUAUGCUGUCAUUAAAUAACUAGGUUGAUAACUAGCAUGAUUAUUUAAUUGCUAAUAGCUGGUUAUCGAUUCAGAGUAGAGCCUAGAGUGGUGGAAGAAAAUUGUGAAUUCAGGGUCCUUUAAAGCCGAGGGGAUCGGUCUACUUCCACUGUGUUUUAGCCUAAAAGAUUAUUAAUUGUAAAUAACGAUAGUUUAUCAGGUACUGAACAACUUCUAAUACUUGUGUUUGAAAUGAAUUUUAGAAAAACAUAUAAAUUUAAAGAGGUUCCAUUAACUGGAUUACAUUUUUUCCACAUGGUUAGCUUAGACUUUAAAAAUGUUCAUUAGUAUCAGAAAGUUGGAAAAAUAGUUAUUUUAAUUGCGUAAAUGUUUGUAUAUUUGUGUGCUAUUCCUCAGCUAAGAGGACAACACUUUCUUGAACUGUACUAAGCCACUGUUCCUUAAAAACUGGUUUGUAAAAUUCUGAAAAUGUACACACUGAAUGAUUACUUAAAGUAGAUUAUCUUCCCAUGCACUUAACUAAACCCCCCAAAACUAAAAGGCUUUUUGUCUUUGCUGGUGUGCAUCUCUGGGAAAGUGAAGUGACUUUAAUAUUUUCAUCUUUAAACUAGAUAUAAACUUCAGAUGAGUUUUACAAACCAAGGCCCUAACCAGUUGAGACAAAUGCUUGUUUUAUAUCCUUACUCCUUAGAGUAAAAUUAUACCUUGUCCUGAGUUGAGUAACAUAGACCAUACCUUGCUUCUACAACUUACUACUCCAACAGAGAUUCUAGUACUGUGAUGGGUGCUUGGUAAAUAUCUGACUGUAAGUCCAAAUAAAUGAUUGUGAUUGAUCAGA